AGAUUGCAUCAAGAUGGCCGCCUCCAUUGCAGUGAUAUCAAUGUCUAAAAUUAUUAAACCCAUUUGGGGUGGACGGUUGGCAACGACAGCAAAAGUAAGACAGAUUUGAUGAUUCACAGUUAUGAUGAUACAUAAACUACAUAAAACUAGAAAAAAAAUAGUGUUGUUAGACUAGAAUACAAGGUAAUGUCUAGUUAGCUAGCUUGCUGGUUAGCAUCAGCAAGAAGCGCAUGUCACUGAUCACCAAUAUCUCUCCCUUUGCUAUUUUCUAAUUUGACAUUCAUACGGUAUACUAUACUGUUGCUUAUCUCUAGAAAGCACCAAAGGGACUUAACGACCACAUAAACCACAAGUUGAGUUAGUUAACGUCCUGUUCUGCUGUUUCCUCAGGUGCUUGGACCCACAGUGAGCAGUCGCAGAGAGAAGUCAACAGUAGUGAGUGCCCAUCUUGGAAACUGCAUCGGAUAGACUAUCUGUGGUGGUUUGAGUAGGCCUAGCUCUUGUGAAUUCUGUCUGGCAGAGUGUGCAGAGAUCACAGUUACCUGGAAACCAACCUGAUGUUGAAUUGCAUUGAAUUCUACUUAAGGCAGAUAUUAGUGUUUGAAUCAACAAAGUUUCCUCUCAUGACCACUACAAGCCAGAAUGUUGAAGAAAAUGAUAUUUUAACUUACUUUAGGGUGGUCCUUUUGCAGGUAGGAAUGUGAGACAAUAUAGUCACAGGAAAGUAUAAUUAAAUCAACUUUUUAAAGCGCUGGUAGUGCGUUCAGAUUUCUAUCACCUGAAGCAUGUGCACAAGAUGAAAAUGGAUGCAUACUUGUUGAGCUCGUGCACGUGUUUACAUGGUUCUGCCCAUGCCUCAGGUGAUAGAAAUCUGAAUUCACUACCAGCACUUUGAUAAGGUGAUUUAAUGAUACUUCCCUGUGGAUAUGUUGUCUCACAUUCCUACUGCCAAAAGGACCAACCGCACGGACAACCGGUAAAAUAUAAUUUUAUUCAAUAUUCUGGCUUGUAGAACUUGUGAGAGGAAAUUUUUCAAACAAAUGUAUGGCAUUAAUCUAACUGAACCAGACGUAUCACAGUCUGAUUGUCAGGCAAAGAUCACAGUAGCUAGCGAUCUGGCAGAGUGUGCAGAGAUCACAGUAGCUAGCGGUCUGUCAGAGUGUGCAGAGAUCACAGUAGCUAGCGGUCUGGCAGAGUGUGUAGAGAUCACAGUAGCUAGCGGUCUGGCAGUGUGCAGAGCUCACAGUAGCUAGCGGUCUGGCAGUGUGCAGAGAUCACAGUAGCUAGCGGUCUGGCAGAGUGUGCAGAGAUCACAGUAGCUAGCGGUCUGGCAGUGUGCAGAGAUCACAGUAGCUAGCGGUAUCGCAGAGUGUGCAGAGAUCACAGUAGCUAGCGGUCUCGCAGAGUGUGCAGAGAUCACAGUAGCUAGCGGUCUGGCAGAGUGUGCAGAGAUCACAGUAGCUAGCGGUCUGGCAGAGUGUGCAGAGAUCACAGUAGCUAGCGGUCUGGCAGUGUGCAGAGAUCACAGUAGCUAGCGGUCUGGCAGAGUGUGCAGAGAUCACAGUAGCUAGCGGUCUGGCAGAGUGUGCAGAGAUCACAGUAGCUAGCGGUCUGGCAGAGUGUGCAGAGAUCACAGUAGCUAGCGGUCUGGCAGAGUGUGCAGAGAUCACAGUAGCUAGCGGUCUGGCAGUGUGCAGAGAUCACAGUAGCUAGCGGUCUGGCAGUGUGCAGAGAUCACAGUAGCUAGGCCUCUUAACUGUGCAUUGUAGCUACAUGAUGAGCUGCCUAGUACACUUGACUGUCAGAAAUCACAAGGCUUGCUUGCUGUCAAGUAUGUCUAUUUGAAGCAUGGUACUGGUGAUGUAGCUAGCCUACCCAGGUCUCGUACUAUGAACAGCUCAGGAUUCACACUGCCACUCUGUUAGAUUUAAACAUUUCAGAGGGAGCUCUAGAUACUUCUGCUUGGUAUUGGUUAUUGCUGGGUUGAUUUGGUGUGACAAAGUUGGCUAGCUAACUCCGUGAACUAAAUCAGUUGUCAGCAUUAGGCUGAGCAUUUGUAACCUGAUCAAGACCAUUUCCCCCCCCCCAAAAAAAAGUGGACCACUUUGGGGAGAGGGGAUCAGGGAUGAGCUAGCAAUCUGAGGUGUAGGGGAACUGUUUGUUUUCUGGUGCUUUGCUAAUUUCUCACUGUAUUGUUCUUCUUUUCCGGCCACGUUUCUACAACUAAUAGGGACAAAUCAUUGUAAGUACCGCAUUACAUUGCAUCACCGCACAUCACAUUCCCACGUUACACAUCACACACAAUACACCUUAUUCACACCACUGGCACGCAACCACAUUUUUAUUUACUUUCAGUACAGCCUGGUAAUAUCUCUGACAGAAAAAUGUGCAAGGAUGACAAAACAAAUUAUGCAUUUCAGCCCCCUCCUGCGAAGUAUGGUGGCAGACACACUGUAACUCUGAUACCUGGAGAUGGUAUUGGACCAGAACUGCUCAAUCACGUAAAGGAGCUCUUCCGGUCAGUCAAAUAUGUAUUAUAACAGUCUAUAACAUGUUAAUGUCCUCUGUAGCUCAGCUGGUAGAGCACGGCGCUUGUAACGCCAAGGUAGUGGGUUCGAUCCCCGGGACCACCCAUACACAAAAAUGUAUGCACGCAUGACUGUAAGUCGCCUUGGAUAAAAGCAUCUGCUAAAUGGCAUAUUAUUAUUAUUAAUAAGCUAAUAAGUUAUUCCCACCUCAUAAAUGUCUUAUAAACACAUAGCCACUAAUAUGUCCCUGGGAGCUCUUAAGGGCGGCUAAGUGUAUUAUAACUGGUCAUAACAUUCAUGGCUUAUAGACACUUAUAACAGUUAAUUAAUUCAACAGUUUAUUAAAGGGAUACUUCAGGAUUGUAUCUAAUUCCCCAAGAUGAACUCAUGGAUACCAUUUUUUUGUCUCUUCAUCCAGUAUGAAGGAAGUUAGAGGUAGUUUCGCUAGCCAAUGCGAACUAGCUUUAGUGCAAUGACUUGAAGUCUAUGGUGUCUACUAGCAUGCUAGCAGUUACCAUAGACUUCCAAUCAUUGCGCUAACGCUAGUUAGCAACUUCUUUUAAACUGCACACAGAAAAAAAAAUGAUUCAUCUGACUCUGGGGAAGUACACUGAACAAAAAUAUAAAUGAACAUGCAACAAUUUAAAAUAUUUUACUGAGUUACAGUUCAUAUAAAGAAAUCAGUCAAUUAAAAUACAUUAAUUAGGCCCUAAUCUAAGGAUUUCACAUGACUGGGAUUACAGAUAUGCAUCUGUUGGUCACAGAUACCUUAAAAAACAUGUAUGUAUGGGCGUGGAUCACAAAACCAUUCAGUAUCUGGUGCGAAGUUGCUGGAUAUUGGCGGGAACUGGAACACGCUGUCGUACACGUCGAUCCAGAGCAUCCCAAACAUGGUCAAUGGGUGACAAGUCUGGUGAGUAUGCAGGCCAUGGAAGAAUUGGGACAUUUUCAGCUUCCAGGAAUUGGGUACAGAUUCUUGCGACAUUAUCAUGCUCAAACAUGAUGUGAUAACGGCGGAUGAAUGGCACGACAAUGGGCCUCGAUAAAAUGCAAUUGUGUUCGUUGUCCGUAGCUUAUACCUGCCCAUACCAUAACCCCACCUCCACCAUGGGGUAGUCUGUUUACAACAUUGACAUCAGCAAACCGCCUAACCCACACGAUGCCAUACACACUGUCUGUCAUCUGCCUGGUACAGUUGAAACCAGGAUUCAUCCGUGAAGAGCACACUUCUCCAGCAUGCCAGUGGCCAUCGAAGUUGAGCGUUUUCCCACUGAAGUCGGCUACGACACAGAACUACAGUCAGGUCAACACCCUGAUGAGGAGGACGAGCACGCAGAUUACCUUCCCUGAGACGGUUUCUCACAGUUUGUGCAGAAAUUAUUUGGUUGUGCAAACCUACAGUUUCAUCAGCUGUCCGGGUGGCUGGUCUCCGACCAUCCCACAGGUGAAGAAGCUGGAUUUGCUUACCGCCCCAAUAGAUCCACAGACGAUGCAAUCGCCAUCACACUGCACACUGCCCUAUCCCAUCUGGACAAGAGGAUUACCUAUGUAAGAAUGCUGUUCAUCGACUAUAGCUCAGCUUUCAACACCGUAGUACCCUCCAAGCUCAUCAUUAAUCUCGAGGCCCUGGGUCUGAACCCCGCCCUGUGCAACUGGGUCCUGGACUUCCUGACGGGCCGCCCCCAGGUGGUGAAGGUAGGAAACAACAUCUCCACUUCGCUGAUCCUCAACACUGAGGCCCCACAAGGGUGUGUGCUCAGCCCCGUCCUGUACUCCCUGUUCACCCAUGACUGCGUGGCCAAGCACGCCUCCAACUCAAUCAUCAAGUUUGCAGACGACACAACAGUAGUAGGCUUGAUUACCAACAAUGACGAGACCGCCUACAGGGAGGAGGUGAGGGCUCUGAGAGUGUGGUGCCAGGAAAAUAACCUCUCACUCAACGUCAACAAAACAAAGGAGAUGAUCGUGGACUUCAGGAAACAGCAAAGGGUGCACCCCCCUAUCCACAUCGACGGGACCGCAGUGGAGAAAGUGAAAAGCUUCAAGUUCCUUGGCGUACACAUGACUGACAAACUGAAAUUGGCCACCCACGCAGACAGUGUGGUGAAGCAGGCGCAACAGAGCCUCUUCAACCUCAGGAGGCUGAAGAAGUUUGGCUUGGCACCUAAAACCCAACCACCCGAGCCACUGCCUGUUCAUCCCGGUAUCAUACAGAAGGCGAGGUCAGUACAGGUGCAUCAAAGCUGGGACCGAGAGAAUGAAAAACAGCUUCUAUCUCAAGGCCAUCAGACUGUUAAAUAGCCAUCACUAGCACAUUAAAGGCUGCUGCUGCCUAUUGAAAUCACCGGCCACUUUAAGAAAUGGAACACUAGUCACUUUAAUAAUGUUUACAUAUCUUGCACUACUCAUCUCAUAUGUAUAUACUGCAUUCUAUUCUAUAAUAUUAUACUGUAUCUUAGUCCAUGCCACUCUGUCAUUGCUUCUAUAUAUGUAUAUAUUCUUAAAUUCCAUUCCUUACUAGAUUUGUGUGUAUUGGGUAUAUGUUGUGAAAUUGUUAGAUAUUACUGCACUGUCGGAGCUAGAAGCACAAGCAUUUCGCUACACCUGCAAUAACAUCUGCUAAACACGUGUAUGUGACAAAUACAAUUUGAUUUGAUUUGGAUAUGGAGGUCCUGAGCUGGCGUGGUUACACGUGGUCUGCAGUUGUGAGGCAGGUUGGAUGUACUGCCAAAUUCCCUAAAAUGACGUUGGUGGUGGCUUAUGGAAGAGAAAUUAACAUUACAUUCUCUGGCAACAGCUCUGGUGGACAUUCCUGCAGUCAGCAUGUCAAUUGCACGCUCUCUCAACUUGAGACAUCUGUGACAUUGUGUUCUGUGACAAAACUGCACAUUUUAGAGUGGCCUUUUAUUGUCCCCAGCACAAGGUGCACCUGUGUAAUGAUCAUGCUGUUUAAUCCGUUUCUUGAUAUGCCAGACCUGUAAAUUGGAUGGAUUAUCUUGGCAAAUUAGAAAUGCUCACUAACAGAGAUGUAAACAAAAUUUGAGAGAAAUAAGCUUGUUGUGCGUAUGGAAAAUGUCUGGGAUCUUUUAUUUCAGCUCAUGAAACAUGGGACCAACACUUUUGUAGAGGGUUCUUUGCACAGUGCUGAUAUUCUCUUAUUCUUAAACUUUCAAUUUUAGAAAAUGACACAGAAAACGGCUUCUGAGUAUAUGUAAAAUAUCUUUAGUUUUGCAAUUGCAGGCAGAAGUUAAUACAGAGUCAACAGGAUUUGUAUAGCUCUUCAUAAGUUCUGCAAAGUGUCUAAAUCAAUCUCUGCUUUUUAUACUAGCACUCCCUUCCCAUAGUGUGAUGUUUACCUCUGACCCUGAACUUGCCCUAGUAACCACAAAGUAUUCUUCCUAAUCCUGUCUUCCCACAAACUCAGUAUCAGGGGGUGAGGUGUCAGACAAUAAAACCAGACAUGUCUAAAGACAAUGUGGCAAUUGUGGUUGCAGGUUUCUGAGAACUUUCUGCUGUCAAGGCCUCCAUAGUUUUUAAUAAUGUAAGCAAAUGCGCAUAAUAGAUCAUAUAUUCCCCAUCACUUUACAUGUUGCGUUUUAUAUUUUUGUUCAGUGUAGAUAAAGGGCUUCAUUGCCAAAAUCCUGAAGUAUCCCUUUAAAUGCAUUGGAUUGGAAUGGUAGUGAGUGGCUACCUUGUUCCAAGUUCAUAACAGGAUAUUCACAGCUUAUAAACACAUAGACAUCAAUAUGUCUCAUGCAUGCCCAUAGUUGUACAGUACAACCAAUGAGUUGAGGUAGAACGACUGAGUCGUUGGGUUGUCCCUCCCAUAUUGUGUUAAUGUGCUCUAUAGGUUCAGCUGUGUGCCUGUGGACUUUGAGGUUGUGAACGUCAGCUCAGCUACCGAGGAUGACAUCAACAACGCCAUCACAGCCAUCCGCCGUAAUGGAGUGGCCCUCAAAGGUAGGAGAAACCAUAAAAAACAUGGAAAGGGCUUGGAAGCUCUAACCCUGGUCAUUUGGCUGGUAAACUCAUGGGUACAUUUGCAAUGGCUGCCAGUCCACCCUUUAUGCCAUCAUUGACUUGAAUGGGGAGGCCCUUUUCUAUGGGUUUUAUUUCUAUGGGAGAAAUACUGAAGCGCUUAUAGCACCAUGCUUUUGUACUAAAAUUGUAGGCAGCUUCCAGUUAUUUAAUGUAGUUGUCCAUAACUGCAACUGCGUCAGUCACUGCAUCAUAUGAUAGGUUGUGUGUAUGUAUUCUAUAGCAGGGUUUCCCAAACUCGGUCCUGGCCCCCUCCCGUUUUGGUUUUUGCUCUAGCACUACACAGCUGAUUUGAAAUAAUCACAGCCUGAUGAUGAGUUGGUAAUUUGAAUCAGCUGUUUAGUGCUAGGGCAAAAACCAAAAUGUGCACCCAAGGGGGGUCCCAGGACCGAGUUUGGGAAACCCUGUUCUAUAGAAUGCCUAUAACACUGGCAACAUGCUUAUGUUUUUGUUUGUGUGUUUGUAGGUAACAUUGAGACCCUCCACACCCUGCCUGCUUCCCACAAGUCCAGAAACAACCUCCUUCGGUAAGUAAAGGUUUCUAUCCAAUCGUUUAUUUGAAAAAGACAGAGGUCCUCUUCCUUGAGUGCUCUGUUGUUGCUCACGGGGUACCUAUCUCUGUCCCAAACGGUCCUCUGUGGCUCUCUCUGUCCAGUCCUGUCAGCUUACACUGUCUCCCACAUCUCUCUAUCCAGACCUUUCAGCUUACACUGUCUCUCCCAUCUGUCUAUCCAGACCUGUCAGCUUACUGUCUCCCCCAUGUCUCUGUCUAGUCCUGUCAGCUUACUGUCUCCCCCAUCUCUCUAUUCAGACCUGUCAGCUUACUGUCUCCCCCAUCUCUCUGUCCUGUCAGCUUACUAUCUCCCCCAUCUCUAUCCAGUCCUGUCAGCUUACUGUCUCCCCCAUCUCUCUGUCCAGUCCUGUCAGCUUACUGUCUCCCCCAUCUCUCUAGCCAGACCUGUCAGCUUACACUGUCUCCCCUAUCUCUCUAUCCAGGCCUGUCAGCUUACUGUCUCCCCCAUCUCUCUAGCCAGACCUGUCAGCUUACACUGUCUCCCCUAUCUCUCUAGCCAGACCUGUCAGCUUACUGUCUCCGCCAUCUCUCUGUCCCCUAGUACCAGUUUGGACCUGUAUGCCAACGUAAUGCACUGUCUGUCCCUCUCCAUGUCUCUCUGUAUGCCAACAGCUCACAGUCUCUCCCCUGUCUCUGUCUUUCUGUCCCACAGUACCAGUCUGGACCUGUAUGCCAACGUCAUGCACUGUCUGUCCCUCUCCAUGUCUCUCUGUAUGCCAACAGCUCACAGUCUCUCCCCUGUCUCUGUCUUUCUGUCCCACAGUACCAGUCUGGACCUGUAUGCCAACGUCAUGCACUGUAAAUCCCUCCCUGGAGUUCAGACUCGCCACAACAACAUUGACAUCAUGAUUAUCAGGGAGAACACUGAGGGAGAGUACAGCAGUCUGGAGCAUGAGGUUAGACACACAGACAGAAACAUGCGCAGACACACACAUGCGCAGACACACUUUUACUCCACUCAAUUCAUCCCUUUCUUUUCCAUUCACACUCUUUGCUGUAUAUAAUAUAUACAGUUGAAGUCGGAAGUUUACAUACACUUAGGUUGGAGUCAUUAAAACUUGUUUUUCAACCACUCCACAAAUUUCUUGUUAACGAACUAUAGUUAGUCGGUUAGGACAUCUACUUUGUGCAUGACACAAGUAAUUUUUCCAACAAUUGUUUUCAGACAGAUUAUUUCACUUAUAAUUCACUGUAUCACAAUUCCAGCGGGUCAGAAGUUUACAUACACUAAGUUGAUUGUGCCUUUAAACAGCUUGGAAAAUUCCAGAAAAUGAUGUCAUGGCUUUAGAAGCUUCUGAUAGGCUAUUUGACAUCAUUUGAGUCAAUUGGAGGUGUACCUGUGGAUGUAUUUCAAGGCCUACCUUCAAACUCAGUGCCUCUUUGCUUGACAUCAUGGGAAAAUCAAAAGAGAUCAGCCAAGACCUCAGAUUUUUUUUUUUAAACCUCCACAAGUCUGGUUCAUCCUUGGGAGCAAUUUCCAAAUGCCUGAAGGUACCACGUUCAUCUGUACAAACAAUACGACGCAAGUAUAAACACCAUGGGACCACGCAGCUAUCAUAGCGCUCAGGAAGGAGACGCGUUCUGUCUACUAGAGAUGAACGUACUUUGGUGCGAAAAGUGCAAAUCAAUCCCAGAACAACAGCAAAGGACCUUGUGAAGAUGCUGGAGGAAACCGGUACAAAAGUAUCUAUAUCCACAGUAAAACAAGUCCUAUAUCGACAUAACCUGAAAGGCCGCUCAGCAAGGAAGAAGCCACUGCUCCAAAACCGCCAUAAAAAAGCCAGACUACUGUUUGCAACUGCACAUGGGGACAAAGAUCUUACUUUUUGGAGAAAUGUCCUCUGGUAUGAUGAAACAAAAAUAGAACUGUUUGGCCAUAAUGACCAUCGUUAUGUUUGGAGGAAAAAGGGGGGUCUUGCAAGCUGAAGAACACCUUCCCACGGGGGGCCAGUAUGAAAAAUGUAUGCACUCACUAAUUGUAAGUCGCUCUGGAUAAGAGCGUCUGCUAAAUGACUAAAAUGUAAAUUGGAUCACACAAAAAACAACAACAACCGUGAAGCACGGGGGUGGCAGCAUCAUGCUGUGGGGGUGCUUUGCUGCAGGAGGGACUGGUGCACUUCACAAAAUAGAUGGCAUCAUGAGGAAGGAAAAUUAUGUGGAUAUAUUGAAGCAAGAUCUCAAGACAUCAGUCAGGAAGUUAAAGCUUGGUCGCAAAUGGGUCUUCCAAAUGGACUAUGACCCCAAGCAUACUUCCAAAGUUGGACAACGAAGUCAAGGUACUGGAGUGGCCAUCACAAAGCCCUGACCUCAAUCCUAUAGAAAAUGUGUGGGCAGAACAGAAAAGGUGUGUGCGAGCAAGGAGGCAAACAAACCUGACUCAGUUACACCAGCUCUGUCAGGAGGAAAGGGCUAAAAUUCACCCAACUUAUUGUGGGAAGCUUGUGGAAGGCUACCAGAAACGUUUGACCCAAGUGAAACAAUUUAAAGGCAAUGCUACCAAAUACUAAUUGAGUGUAUGUAAACAUCUGACCCACUGGGAAUGUGAUGAAAGAAAUAAAAGCUGAAAGAAAUCAUUCUCUCUACUAUUAUUCUGACAUUUCACAUUCUUAAAAUAAAGUGGUGAUCCUAACUGACCUAAGACAGGGAAUUUUUACUUGGAUUAGAUGUCAGGAAUUGUGAAAACUGAGUUUAAAUGUAUUUGGCUAAGGUGUAUGUAAACUUCCGACUUCAACUGUAUAUAUAUAUAUAUAUAUAUAUAUAUAUAUACAGUGCCUUGCAAAAGUAUUCAUCCCCCUUGGCGUUUUUCCUAUUUUGUUGCAUUACAACCUGUAAUUGAAAUGGAUUUUUAUUUGGAUUUCAUGUAAUCGACAUACACAAAAUAGUGAAAUGAAAUAACUUUUUUCAAAAAAUUCAAAAAAAUAAAUAAUGGAAAAGUGGUGCGUGCAUAUGUAUUCACCCCCUUUGCUAUGAAGCCCCUAAAUAAGAUCUGGUGCAACCAAUUACCUUCAGAAGUCACAUAAUUUGUUAAAUAAAGUGUGCAAUCUAAGUGUCACAUGAAAGUUGUGGAGAAGUACAGAUCAGGGUUAGGUUAUAAAAACAAAUCAGAAACUUUGAACAUCCCUUGGAGCACCAUUUCAAUCCAUUAUUAAAAAAUGGAUAGAAUAUGGCACCACAACAAACCUGCCAAGAGAGGGCCGCCCACCAAAACUCACAGACCAGGCAAGGAGGGCAUUAAUCAGAGAGGCAACAAAGACACCAAAGAUAACCCUGAAGGAGCUGCAAAGCUCCACAGCGGAGAUUGGAGUAUCUGUCCAUAGGACCACUUUUUAAGCCGUACACUCCACAGAGCUGGGCUUUACGGAAGAGUGGCCAGAUAAAAGCCAUUGCUUAAAGAAAAAAAUAAGCAAACACGUUUGGUGUUCGCCAAAAGCAAUGUGGGAGACUCCCCAAACAUAUGGAAGAAUGUAUUCUGUUCAGAUGAGACUAAAAUUGAGCUUUUUGGCCAUCAAGGAAAACGCUAUGUCUGGCACAAACCCAACACCUCUCAUCACCCCGAGAACACCAUCCCCACAGUGAAGCAUGGUGGUGGCAGCAUCAUGCUGUGGGGAUGUUUUUCAUCGGCAGGGACUAGGAAACUGGUCAGAAUUGAAGGAAUGAUGGCUGGCACUAAAUACAGGGAUAUUCUUGAGGGAAACCUGUUUGUCUUCCAGAGAUUUGAGACUGGGACGGAGGUUCACCUUCCAGCAGGACAAUGACCCUAAGCAUACUGCUAAAGCAACACUCGAGUGGUUUAAGGGGCAACAUUUAAAUGUAUUGGAAUAGCCUAGUCAAAGCCCAGACCUCAAUCCAAUUGAGAAUCUGUGGUAUGACUUAAAGAUUGCUGUACACCAGCAGAACCCAUUCAAGCUGGAGCAGUUUUGCCUUGAAGAAUGAGCAAAAAUCCCAGUGGCUAGAUGUGCCAAGCUUAUAUAGACAUACCCCAAGAGACUUGCACCUGUAAUUGCUGCAAAAGGUGGCUCUACAAAGUAUUGACUUUGGGGGGGGUGAAUAGUUAUGCCUGCUCAAGUUUUCUGUUUUUUUUUUCUUAUUUCUUGUUUGUUUCACUGAGUGGCGCAGUGGUCUAAGGCACUGCAUCGCAGUGCUGACUGUGCCACUAGAGAUCCUGGUUCGAAUCCAGGCUCUGUCGCAGCCGGCCGCGACCGGGAGACUCAUGGGCGGCGCACAAUUGGCCCAGCGUCGUCCAGGGUAGGGGAGGGAAUGGCCGGCAGGGAUGUAGCUCAGUUGAUAGAGCAUGGCGUUUGCAACGCCAGGGUUGUGGGUUCGAUUCCCACGGGGGGCCAGUAUAAAAAAAUAUAUAUAUGUAUUCACUAACUGUAAGUCGCUCUGGAUAAGAGCGUCUGCUAAAUGACUAAAAUGUAAAUGUAAAUGUUUCACAAUAAAAUAUAUUUUGCAUCUUCAAAGUGGUAGGCAUGUUGUGUAAAUCAAAUGAUACAAUUCCAUUUUAAUUCCAGGUUGUAAGGCAACAAAAUAGGAAAAAUGUCAAGGGGGGUGAAGACUUUCGUAAGCCACUGUAUGAAGGUUUGGGUCUGUGUGCAAUGAGUUGGCACGGGAGUCCCCUGCAGCAUUGCCCUACACACAGUGAGUGAGUGAGUGAGUGAGUGAGUGAGUGAGUGAGUGAGUGAGACUGCCAAGGGGGGUGAAUACUUUCGCAAGCCACUGUAUGUAUAUAGACAACAUCAUCAGGGGGAACACUGAGGGAGAGUACGCCAUUCACACUCUUUGCUGUAUAUAAUAUACAGUGGGGGGAAAAAGUAUUUAGUCAGCCACCAAUUGUGCAAGUUCUCCCACUUAAAAAGAUGAGAGAGGCCUGUAAUUUUCAUCAUAGGUACACGUCAACUAUGACAGACAAAAUGAGAAUUUUUUUUCCAGAAAAUCACAUUGUAGGAUUUUUUAUGAAUUUAUUUGCAAAUUAUGGUGGAAAAUAAGUAUUUGGUCAAUAACAAAAGUUUCUCAAUACUUUGUUAUAUACCCUUUGUUGGCAAUGACACAGGUCAAACGUUUUCUGUAAGUCUUCACAAGGUUUUCACACACUGUUGCUGGUAUUUUGGCCCAUUCCUCCAUGCAGAUCUCCUCUAGAGCAGUGAUGUUUUGGGGCUGUCGCUGGGCAACACGGACUUUCAACUCCCUCCAAAGAUUUUCAAUGGGGUUGAGAUCUGGAGACUGGCUAGGCCACUCCAGGACCUUGAAAUGCUUCUUACGAAGCCACUCCUUCGUUGCCCGGGCGGUGUGUUUGGGAUCAUUGUCAUGCUGAAAGACCCAACCACGUUUCAUCUUCAAUGCCCUUGCUGAUGGAAGGAGGUUUUCACUCAAAAUCUCACGAUACAUGGCCCCAUUCAUUCUUUCCUUUACACGGAUCAGUCGUCCUGGUCCCUUUGCAGAAAAACAGCCAGCCCCAAAGCAUGAUGUUUCCACCCCCAUGCUUCACAGUAGGUAUGGUGUUCUUUGGAUGCAACUCAGCAUUCUUUGUCCUCCAAACACGACGAGUUGAGUUUUUACCAAAAAGUUAUAUUUUGGUUUCAUCUGACCAUAUGACAUUCGCCCAAUCCUCUUCUGGAUCAUCCAAAUGCACUCUAGCAAACUUCAGACGGGCCUGGACAUGUACUGGCUUAAACAGUGUGUUACUGAUGGUAGGCUUUGUUACUUUGGUCCCAGCUCUCUGCAGGUCAUUCACUAGGUCCCCCCGUGUGGUUCUGGGAUUUUUGCUCACCGUUCUUGUGAUCAUUUUGACCCCACGAGGUGAGAUCUUGCGUGGAGCCCCAGAUCGAGGGAGAUUAUCAGUGGUCUUGUAUGUCUUCCAUUUCCUAAUAAUUGCUCCCACAGCUGAUUUCUUCAAACCAAGCUGCUUACCUAUUGCAGAUUCAGUCUUCCCAGCCUGGUGCAGGUCUACAAUUUUGUUUCUGGUGUCCUUUGACAGCUCUUUGGUCUUGGCCAUAGUGGAGUUUGAAGUGUGACUGUUUGAGGUUGUGGACAGGUGUCUUUUAUACUGAUAACAAGUUCAAACAGGUGCCAUUAAUACAGGUAACGAGUGGAGGACAGAGGAGCCUCUUAAAGAAGAAGUUACAGGUCUGUGAGAGCCAGAAAUCUUGCUUGUUUGUAGGUGACCAAAUACUUAUUUUCCACCAUAAUUUGCAAAUAAAUUCAUUAAAAAUCCUACAAUGUGAUUUUCUGGAUUUUUUUUCUCUCAAUUUGUCUGUCAUAGUUGACGUGUACCUAUGAUGAAAAUUACAGGCCUCUCUCAUCUUUUUAAGUGGGAGAACUUGCACAAUUGGUGGCUGACUAAAUAAAAAAUUUCCCCACUGUAUAUGUAUGUCUAUAUAACCAGCAUUAACAUCCCUCUUUCCUUCCCUUCCUCCUGUAGAGUGUAUCAGGGGUGGUGGAGUGUCUAAAGAUCAUCACCCGGACUAACUCCCUGAGAAUCGCUGAGUAUGCCUUUAAAUUGGCCCGGGAGAAAGGUCGCAAGAGGGUCACUGCAGUUCACAAGGCCAACAUCAUGUAAGUCAGUCAAUGAGGGCAGGUCAGUCAGUCAGUCAGUCAGUGAGGGCAGGUCAGGUCAGGUCAGGUCAGUGAGGCCAGGUCAGUCAGUCAGUCAGUGAGGGCAGGUCAGUCAGUCAGUCAGUGAGGUCAGGUCAGGUCAGUCAGUCUGUGAGGUGUAUGUAUUCUACCAGUUGUGUGUUAUAAUGACUCCCACUCUGAGUGCUUUGGGGCUGCGGUCCAAUUCUCUACCCUUUUCCCCAAAGUGUGCACUCGUUCACUCCCCCUCAUAGAUUUGAAAAGGAAGCACUUGUGUAAGAAAUAUGGUGGAAACUGAUCCCGCCCCCUAGCCCAUGCAUACACUAUUCCAUGCUUUGAAAAGCAUGAGGUGGCGUGAACAAGUCAAGUGCACACUUCCGGAAGAAGGGUAGAUUCUGAAUGCAACCAAUGUACACUACCAGUCAAAAGUUUGGUCACACCUACUCAUUCAAGGGUUUUUCUUUAUUUUUUCAAUUUUUUACAUUGUAGAAUAAGAGUGAAGACAUCAAAACUAUGAAAUAACACAUAUGGAAUCAUGUCGUAACCAAAAAAGUGUGAAACAAAUAUAUUUUAUAUUUGAGAUUCUUUAAAUUGCCACCCUUUGCCUUGAUGACAGCUUUGCACACUCUUGGCAUUCUCUCAACCAGCUUCAUGAGGUAGUCACCUGGAAUGCAUUUCAAUUAACAGGUGUGCCUUCUUAAAAGUUAAUUUGUGGAAUUUCUUUCCUUAAUGCAUUUGAGCCAAUCAGUUGUGUUGUGACAAGGUAUACAGAAGAUGGGCCUAUUUGGUAAAAGACCAAGUCCAUAUUAUGGCAAGAACAGCUCAAAUAAGCAAAGAGAAAUGACAGUCCAUCAUUACUUUAAGACAUGAAGGUCAGUGAAUACGGAACAUUUCAAGAACUUUGAAAGUUUCUUCACGUGCAGUCGCAAAAACCAUCAAGCGGUAUGAUGAAACUGGCUCUCAUGAGGACUGCCACAGUAAUGGAAGACCCAGAGUUACCUCUGCUGCAGAGGAUAAGUUCAUUAGAGUUACCAGCCUCAGAAAUUGCAGCCCAAAUAAAUGCUUCGCAGAGUUCAAGUAACAGACAUCUCAACAUCAACUGUUCAGAGGGGACUGUGUGACUCAGGCCUUCAUGGUCGAAUUGCUGUAAAGAAACCACUACUAAAGGACACCAAUAAGAAGAAGAGACCUGCUUGGGCCAAGAAACACGAGCAAUGGACAUUAGACCGGUGGAUAUCUGUCCUUUGGUCUGAUGAGUCCAAAUUUGAGAUUUUUGUUUCCAACCGCCGUGUCUUUGUGAGACGUGGUGUGGGUGAACUGAUAAUCUCCGCAUGUGUAUUUCCCACCGUAAAGCAUGGAGGAGGAGGUGUUAUGGUGUGGGGGUGUUUUGCUGGUGACACGGUCUGUGAUUUAUUUAGAAUUCAAGGCACACUUAACCAGCAUGGCUACCACAGCAUUCUGCAGCGAUACGCCAUCCCAUCUGGUUUGGGCUUAGUGGGACUAUCAUUUGUAUUUCAACAGGGCAAUGACCCAACACACCUCCAGGCUGUGUAAGGGGUAUUUGACCAAGAAGGAGAGUGAUGGAGUGCUGCAUCAGAUGACCUGGCCUCCACAAUCCCCCGACCUCAACCCAAUUGAGAUGGUUUGGGAUGAGUCGGACGGCAGAGUGAAGGAAAAGCAGCCAACAAGUGCUCAGCAUAUGUGGGAACUCCUUCAAGACUGUUGGAAAAGCAUUCCAGGUGAAGCUGGUUAAGAGAAUGCCAACAAGUGCUCAGCAUAUGUGGGAACUCCUUCAAGACUGUUGGAAAAGCAUUCCAGGUGAAUCUGGUUGAGAGAAUUUCAAGUGUGGGCAUAGCUGUCAUCAAGGCAAAGGGUGGCUAUUUGAAGAAUCUCAAAUAUGAAAUAUAUUUUGAUUUGUUUAACACUUUGUUGGUUACUACAUGAUUCCAUAUGUGUUAUUUCAUAGUUUUGAUGUCUUCACUGUUAUUCUACAAUGUAGAAAAUAGUAAAAAUAAAGAAAACCCUUGAAUGAGUAGGUGUGUCCAAACUUUUGACUGGUACUGUAUAUAUACACUGCUCAAAAAAAUUAAGGGAACACUUAAACAACACAUCCUAGAUCUGAAUGAAUGAAAUAAUCUUAUUAAAUACUUUUUUCUUUACAUAGUUGAAUGUGCUGACAACAAAAUCACACAAAAAUUAUCAAUGGAAAUCAAAUGUAUCAACCCAUGGAGGUCUGGAUUUGGAGUCACCCUCAAAAUUAAAGUGGAAAACCACACUACAGGCUGAUCCAACUUUGAUGGAAUGUCCAUAAAACAAGUCAAAAUGAGGCUCAGUAGUGUGUGUGGCCUCCACGUGCCUGUAUGACCUCCCUACAAUGCCUGGGCAUGCUCCUGAGGGAUCUCCUCUCAGACCUGGACUAAAGCAUCCGCCAACUCCUGGACAGUCUGUGGUGCAACGUGGCGUUGGUGGAUGGAGCGAGACAUGAUGUCCCAGAUGUGCUCAAUUGAAUUCAGGUCUGGGGAACGGGCGGGCCAGUCCAUAGCAUCAAUGCCUUCCUCUUGCAGGAACUGCUGACACACUCCAGCCACAUGAGGUCUAGCAUUGUCUUGCAUUAGGAGGAACCCAGGGCCAACCGCACCAGCAUAUGGUCUCACAAGGGGUCUGAGGAUCUCAUCUCGGUACCUAAUGGCAGUCAGGCUACCUCCGGCGAGCACAUGGAGGGCUGUGCGGCCCCCCAAAGAAAUGCCACCCCACACCAUGACUGACCCACCGCCAAACCGGUCAUGCUGGAGGAUGUUGCAGGCAGCAGAACGUUCUCCACGGCGUCUCCAGACUCUGUCACGUCUGUCACAUGUGCUCAGUGUGAACCUGCUUUCAUCUGUGAAGAGCACAGGGCGCCAGUGGCGAAUUUGCCAAUCUUGGUGUUCUCUGGCAAAUGCCAAACGUCCUGCACGGUGUUGGGCUGUAAGCACAACCCCCACCUGUGGACGUCAGGCCCUCAUACCACCCUCAUGGAGUCUGUUUCUGACCGUUUGAGCAGACACAUGCACAUUUGUGGCCUGCUGGAGGUCAUUUUGCAGGGCUCUGGCAGUGCUCCUCCUGUUCCUCCUUGCACAAAGGCGGAGGUAGCGGUCCUGCUGCUGGGUUGUUGCCCUCCUACGGCCUCCUCCACGUCUCCUGAUGUACUGGCCUGUCUCCUGGUAGCGCCUCCAUGCUCUGGACACUACGCUGACAGACACAGCAAACCUUCUUGCCACAGCUCGCAUUGAUGUGCCAUCCUGGAUGAGCUGCACUACCUGAGCCACUUGUGUGGGUUGUAGACUCCGUCUCAUGCUACCACUAGAGUGAAAGCACCGCCAGCAUUCAAAUGUGACCAAAACAUCAGCCAGGAAGCAUAGGAACUGAGAAGUGGUCUGUGGUCACCACCUGCAAAACCAGUCCUUUAUUGGGGGUGUCUUGCUAAUUGCCUAUAAUUUCCACCUGUUGUCUAUUCCAUUUGCACAACAGCAUGUGAAAUGUAUUGUCAAUCAGUGUUGCUUCCUAAGUGGACAGUUUGAUUUCACAGAAGUGUGAUUGACUUGGAGUUACAUUGUGUUGUUUAAGUGUUCCCUUUAUUUUUUUGAGCAGUGUAUUUUUUAUUGGCCCAUACACCUCUUCGGAUGAGAAAUUAAACUUUGUUUUACACUUUUUUGUUACAUAUAUAUUUUACUUUUUUUUUUUUUUUUACACAGUAGUUACAUAGCGAAGAUAUAUUUUUUUGAUAUACAUUACAUUUGGAUAGAUAGUACUAUCUGGUAUACAUUAUAUAUAGUACAACCAAGGUGUUGAACGUCCCCGCUUCUCCCCUUCACAGGAAGCUGGGCGAUGGUCUGUUCCUGCAGUGCUGUAGAGAGGUGGCUGCUGGGUACCCUGACAUUACCUUCGACGCCAUGAUCGUCGACAACACCACCAUGCAGGUAUGAAACUCAAUGCUCUCUUAAUGAUAGGGGCACACCAGUAAGUUUUAGCCUGGUCCCAGAUCUGUUUGUGCUGACUCGCCAACUCCUACGGUCUUUUACAUUGCCAUGAGUUGGCACUUGGGGAGACAGCACAAACAGAUCUGGGACCAGGCUAAGAAUGUUGAUAUCCCUGCUUUUAAAUAUAUUUGAAGUGUGUUUUGUCUGUGUUCCUCAUGCUUAUUGGUGGUAUUAACCUAUCCCUCUCUCAUUCCCUAGCUGGUGUCUAAGCCCCAGCAGUUUGACGUGAUGGUGAUGCCCAACCUGUAUGGUAACGUGGUCAGCAACGUGUGUGCCGGCCUGGUGGGAGGACCAGGGCUGGUGCCAGGGGCUAACUACGGCCGUGACUAUGCUGUCUUCGAAACGGUCAGUCCAGUGGGCACCUGUAGUGUCCGCAACUCUGAUAAUAUGAUAUUAUGCUUCCACAGUGGUUUAUUGAGACGCCCUAACAACAGACAAUGUUUCGAUCCCAUUGAGAUCUUCGUUAAAUUUCAAUAGGGCUCAGCAUUUUCAUUAAAUAUAAUAGAUGCCUUUUAGUAGACGCUUUUAUCCGAAGCGACUUAGUCAUUUGUGCAUAGAUUUUUUAUACUUGGGUGGUCCCGGGUAUCGAACCCACUAUCCUGGCAUUACAAGCGCCAUGCUCUACCAACUGAGCUACAGAGGACCAUAUGCUUAUGUAAAUUGAGGAGUGAAUGCUGGACUCUCAACAGUAGUCAGUUGACUUGGCAGUUGACAGUGAGCUCCAAAAGUAUUGUGACAGAGACAUUCUUUAUGUUUUGGCUCUGUACUCCAGCACUUUAGAAAUUAUAGCACUUUUUGUACAUAGUCCCCCCAAAAGGAUUGGGAAAAAUUCACUUAUGUGAAUUAAAGUAGUAAGAAGUGAAGUAUUUGGUCCCAUAUUCAUAGCACUACAAGCUUGUGACUCUACAAAUUUGUUGGAUGCAGUUGCUGUUUAAUUUGUAAACGGUUCACCCGAUAUGAAUGAAAAUACCCUCAAAUUAAAGCUGACAGUCUGCACUUUAACCUAGUCAUUGUAUCAUUUCAAAUCCAAAGUGAUGGAGCCAAAACAACAACAAAUGUGUCACUGUCCCAAUACUUUUGGAGCUCAGUUCAUAUCGAUGAUCUCUCAAUAUGCUCUUUCUCUAUGUGACUCUCAGGCCACCAGGAACACAGGAAAGAGUAUUGCUGACAGGAACAUUGCUAACCCCACUGCCAUGCUACUGGCCAGCUGCAUGAUGCUGGACCACCUCAAGUGAGUUCACCUUGCAUAGUCUAAUGAAGGUGCUGUUUCUAAACCAUGACAAUGUGUAUGUACUGGAUGAUCUGAGCUGCAGUUGACUUGUUGAACAGAACAUAGGGUGUGAAAGUCAUUGUCCUUCCGUGUUUCUCAGGCUCCAUGAUUAUGCCACUAUGAUAAGGAAUGCGGUCCUUACGACCAUGAACGAGACUCAG